AUGGGCCUAUUAAAUAGGAAAAGCAGUAUCAAACUGUAUAGAAAGAACCAUGCUACAACAGUUGCGACGCGUUCCCCAAUCUCCCACUGUCCACUAGAAAAGUGUCCUCGUAUUGACACCGCUCAAGUUGCUGCUAAAGUCGAGUCGUUCAAGAAAUGGACCAUUGGAACUUUCAAAAAUUCAAAGCAACAACUGUUGGAGCACAUGGGAAAGAUUGACAAAACUGUUGAUCCGGAGUUUGAAGCUCAAUGUGAAGUGCUGAAAGACAUUCACAGAAGAUAUGGACACGUUGUGGCGGCUGCUAAGAAUUUCAGCCAAGUGCUUUCUCAGAUGGCAGAAGCGGAGAAAAAGUUUUCAGAAUCGUUUUACCAGUUGUCGCUCAAGGAAGAACAAAUCAAGGCUCAAUGUACAACGACUUCUGAAACUAUGAGAGGUGUUGGAGAACAAGCGACUUCUUUGGAUGCGUGCUUGAAAUACUUUAUUUCUUCUAUGGAAACGGUUUAUAACCAAACCAUCACGGACACUUUGCACACCAUCUAUAACACCGAAUCGGCUCGUAUUGAGUAUGAUGUUGACCGGAACGACAUCUCGGCAGCAGCCAAUCCACCACAAGGCCAACAGCCAAAAACGCUUCCAGCUGGAACGGCCGAAAAAUGUGAAGAGAGAAAACUAAAAUACGAAAAGCUGAAAAACGAUGCGAAGAUCAAAAUGAGACUUCUCGAGGAGAAUCGCAUCUCGGUGGUGGCAACUCAACUCGAAAAACUUCAAUCCGCUCUUGCUGCCUAUUACUCUGGAAACGCGAAACUUCUCGAAGCUUCGGUCCGCGAGUUGAGCAUUCUUCAAUCUCCUCAACCUUCUUUUAUUCCGACAAUGUAA